GGGGCUUUCUGGUGUCCCAGCCCCUCCCCCUCUCGUCCCGCAUCGUGGGAGGAGUGCGAAGUCCCCGAGCAGCGUUUCUCAAAGUGGGGUCCGCGGGCGGCUUCCCGACCCCACCUCAGACUUUCUGAACCGGACUCUGUGCUGUGGCCCGGGAAUCUGAAUUGACAGCAAGCGUCUCUGAUUGUUUUGAGGCAGGGGGUCCGCGAGCCGCACUUUGGGAGCAGUUCCGCGGAGGGCAGGGCACUUCCGACACAGCCAGUGUUUAAGCGGGUGCAUUUGAGGACGGGGCCCGUGACUGGCCUUGAGAUGGUGACGGAUGGUUCUCUGCUGUAGGAGAACCGGACUGAGGCAGGGGCGGCUCUUACAUCCUCGCGCUCAGGGUGCUGCCGUGUUCCUCCUGUCACAGCAGAAGCCUGCAGAUGGACAGAUGCUUAGUGAGUGGAGUGCCCGGGUCAGGGGCCUUGCGGAUGAGCCGAUGCUGAAGUAGGCAGUGUGGGGUGCAGCGAAAAAACUUGCAGCUGGUCCUGCUGGCCCGGAUUGGGGCCGACCCCACCACUUACCCGCGGCGGAGCCCUAGUGUGGACCCUGCUCACCCCGCUCUACGUCUUUCUCCAGGGUCGUCCUCUGUCAGUAGGGACAGUAAUUCCGACCCAGUGGGGCUUUUGUGAAUUAUAUAAUGUCUGCCACGGGUCUCCUGCAGUAACUGAAACCCCAUAAGCACUGAGUAAAUGGGAAUUAUUAAGAGUGCUGUAGAGUCUGCCUUCCUAGGGUUUAUGCCCCCCCCCCAUUAGGGAUUAAAUAAGUGAGAUAAAACGUGUAGAGAGGUACAAAGUAUAUUUGGUGGACUUCGCACGGAUUCUAAUUGGGGGGUGCGUGGGAAGCUCAUGCAAGGGGGUGCAAGGGAUGUGGUUUGCCUGGGGCUCUCAAGAAGAGAUGGAUUCCAGGGGGCUGGUGGCUGGGGUGGCGGGAGCCUGUUCCCUCCCAGGCUUCACACAUGGUUUUCCCACUUGGAUCUUGGCCCGGUUACGCCUCCGACUUCCAGGCAGCAGAAGAAGUCACAUUGAUGAGUGGCGUUGGAAAGCUGGACCGUGGGUCCGUGAGAGUUUCUGUCUACUGACCAUGUUUGACGCCCAGUGUUUUUGUCAGACACCAGUGGUCUCCUUUCCCUGAUGCAUUAGACACUGGCCAGACUGGAGCAUCUCGGAGAGGAUGCUCGCAGUACACAGGUGGAACAGGACGGCCCUUACUUUGCAGUUUCUGAAAGCGUUUGAAGGCAAAAAUUCAGGUGUUGCUGGGAGCAAUGGAAGGUCACAAGGCAGAAGAAAAGGUGUUAGAUAUUCUUCGACUGAAUGUGGGUGGCUGUAUUUACACAGCCAGACGUGAGUCCUUGUGCCGCUUUAAAGACUCGAUGCUGGCAUCCAUGUUCAGUGGUCGUUUUCCUCUAAAAACAGAUGAAUCGGGGGCUUGUGUUAUUGACCGUGAUGGACAUCUAUUUAAAUACCUUUUGGAUUAUCUUCAUGGAGAAGUUCACAUUCCCACAGAUGAGCACACGCGAGUUGCUCUCCAGGAAGAGGCUGAUUAUUUUGGCAUCCCUUAUCCGUACAGCCUGUCUGACCACUUGGCCAAUGAAAUGGAGACAUAUUCUUUAAGGUCAAAUAUAGAACUUAAAAAGGCUCUAACAGACUUCUGUGAUUCAUAUGGUUUAGUUUGCAAUAAGCCAACGGUUUGGGUUCUCCACUAUCUUAACACAUCCGGUGCGAGCUGCGAGAGCAGAAUUAUCGGCGUAUACUCCACAAAAACGGAUGGAACAGAUGCUAUUGAUAAGCAGCUGGGAGGAAGAAUUCACAGUAAAAGCAUUUUUAAAAGAGAGGCGGGAAAUAAUGUUCAGUACAUUUGGAGCUAUUAUUCAGUAGCUGAACUGAAGAAAAUGAUGGAUGCCUUCGAUGCCUGGGAAGGAAAAGGUGUUAGCUACUGGCGGGUGCCUCAUGAGCUCAUAGAAUGUUGGACUCUGGAAGAGCGGCCCUUGCUUGGAAGCCUCCGUCACAUGGCCCCGAUUCGAAAGAGGCGACUGACGGCGUUCAGUGACGAGGAAGACGAAGGUGUGAACUGUAAGACUGGUCCCAAGCCGGUCAGAUUCCUGGGCCCUUCCACCAGCACCCAAAUUAAAGUCAAGAACUCGGCGUCGGUGCGGGUGUCCCCGGCCGGCGCCCCCCAGUCUGCAGGCGGGAAGGCAGCGCUGCGCUCGGCGCCGCCGAACGCUCCGUCCCGGUCCCGGGCGGGCGCUGCGCUGCCGGGGCAGCCUCAGCCUCGUGGGGCCGGGAGCGCGGAGAACGGAGCCGCGCACCCGCCUCCCGCCAAGGUCCUGCUCUCCGACAAGAAGGCCGCCCCGCCCCGCGUGAUAAAACUGAAGCGGACUCCACUGUGCGCCGCCGGGCCGCCCCCGUCCGCCGGCGCAGAAACCAGGCCCGCGGAGACCCCCGCGCCGACCCCGGAAGCCCCAGGCGCGCACGCGCGGACUGAAAAUGGGCGGGGUCAGGCUGAUUGACGGAAGCGUCCCGCUCGCUUCCCGGAGUGCCCGAGCCGUGCGCUGCUCCGUGGCGCAGUAGGGCUGGAAACCGGGGUUUCUUUAGGAUCAUUACGGGAAAAAUGAAUCGUGUCAAGGAGGCAUGGAAGAGGGAGACUUUAAGUGGUUGGGCCUAUCUUGUCUCAACUUGGAAAUGGUUGUCUACUGACGGUUUGAAUUUCAGGUUUUUAAUUUUUUUUUUUUUUUUUGAUGGUUCAUUGGUCUUAAGGCAACAGAACAGUACAGUAAAAUCAUCACUACAAGUACACUUUGUUGCUGAAUAAUUAUAGACUUUAGGCACUUUUGUAAUGUUACUCAUUGCCGCCCAGGGCCGAAUGGGGUUAGAUAUUUCCGUCUGGUGAAAUAGGGUGACAUUAGUGUUUCCCUGUGCUGUGUCACAGCCAAGAGAUUUGAUAGAAAAUUCAGACCCAGGUGAGCUCCCUGCAGGUUUCUUCCAGUCUCAGAAGGCUUCGUGAAAAGAAAUGACGAGGGGGGAAAAAAUAAUAAUUUAAGAUCACACUUUGACUCUGACUCAAUUGAACUAUUUUCUUUUCCUAGAUUGUUUUCUUUCUUACCCCUUUUUGCUAGCAGAUUUAUUUGUACAUCAUAAGAAGAUGUCUUGGGAUGAGAACUAUGUAACAUGUCUUCAGAAUGAAUUGUUAAAAUAUUUUAUUUUAAUUUGAACAGUGAAAUUCUGAAAGUACUUUGAAAAGGAAGUUAAGCAUUAACUUUUAACUAAAGUUACUACUUGUUUCUCAGGAAUGACCAAUGAGGAGUCAUUCUGAUUAUACAAUAUGAUUUUUAUGCGUAAAACUCCCACUUACCUUGAACUUAAUAUUUUUAAACAAAAUAUUUUGAUUAAUCCUCUAUUUUUUCACAACUAUUCAGUUGUAUGUGUCUGCUCUGACAUGUUAAGUUUUAUAAUUGGAUCCCACAUUUCUGCCUUCAGUAAGCAGUAUGCCUUCAGUGUAUUAAAAAUAAGUUCAUAAAGCAGGGUAUUUUUACUCUGUGCUUAUCAUUGUACUUGCAUUACUUUGAAAGGGUAGAGUAAAUAUACUCAAAGCAUUACUUUUUACAAAAUAAAUUAAAACUUUUCCAUAAA